CUUUGUCGGUGCCGGAGGAGCUGUGCCAAUGGAGAAAGCGACUCCGCCGCCCCAGCCCCAGCUCCAGCUCUCGAUAGCGAAGACUGAAAGUCCAGCGGAGGAUAUCUCCGGCCUGACUGACGAGGAGCUGCUCAAGUGGUCCAAGGAGGAUCUGGUGCGGCGGCUGAGGCGGUCUGAGGCCGAUAAGAUGAGCGUGAUUCUGGACCAUGGGAAUCUCAUCCGAGAGGUUAAUCGCAGCCUCCAGCUACACUUGAACGAGAUCAGGGGGCUGAAGGAUAUUAACCAGAAGCUGCAGGAAGACAACCGUGAGCUGCGGGACUUGUGCUGCUUCCUGGAUGAUGACCGUCAGAAAGGAAAGCGUGUCUCCAGGGAGUGGCAGCGACUGGGACGAUACAGUGCCAGCAUCAUGCGCAAAGAGGUGACUCUCUAUCUCCAGAAACUCAAGGAGCUGGAGCUUCGACAGGAGGAGGUCAUCCGCGAAAACCUGGAGCUGAAGGAGCUCUGCCUGCUGCUGGAUGAGGAGAAGGGGGUGGUAGGUGGAGGAGGUGGCGGCGGAGGAAGCGGAAGCGGAGGGGGUGUAGGGAUGGGAGGGUGCCGCAACUCCAUAGACAGCCAGAAUAGUUUGCUGCUGGUCCCUGGGCAGGGGCUCCUGAUGAGAGACGUCGGGGACGGGAGCAGCACCUCCAGCGCUGGGAGCGCUGACAGCUCUGAUCACCCUCAUCAUAAGCAGCCUCACCUGACUGUGGGAGUGGGCGGUGCUGGGGAAAAAGGGAGCCCCGAGCUUGUACAUAAACCCAGGUGUAGCAGUAUCAGUGGAAUAGGAGGAGGAAGCGGGGGUGAAAGGGAGGUGUCCAGUCCCGAGCACCCAGCUGGACGCCACCGGAGUACAAGCCUGGAGUACCCGUACACCCUUCCCCAGCUCUGCCGACCCCGCUGCGGUUCCAUAUCUGUGCCUGACCACAGUCGAGCCAUACGGGGCCUCAGCCCGGAAAAAUACGGGAGGAACGUGGGCCGACGCAGUCCGGAGCAGCACCCCAAGCACCACAGCUCUGACCUCGUCCUGGGCCAGAGGCAGCACUUCCUGAGCCAGGGAGGCAGUGGGGACCUCUCUCAGAGGCACCACAGGAGCAGCAUUAGCAGUACAGGCUGUGGGAGCCCCGAGCCCCGACACGCACACUUAGGGACCAGUGAGCACCAUGAAAAGGGCUGCGUGGUCCCGGGGGGCAGCCCCGAAACUCAUAGGCACCAGUACAGUAUGAGCCCUGACCAUGUGAAGUUUGGCAGCCCUGUGAGAGAUGGACAGAGGAGGCCAACUGGAGACGAGCUGUCACCCCAUCAUAGGAGCAUCUACAAUGGCAUGAAUGCUUUGAUAUCAGCCGGGUGCUGCACUAACAACUGUAGAAAUGUCAAGCUAUGGGACAGCUUUGAUGCCUCUUCUUGACCACAACUUGACCAGUUAGGCUCCUCAAACAGAGGAGGGGUCGCAGCGGUACAGCCCUCCUGCGUCACUGGCCUUGAUAGACACGAGGGCCCCUGGGCGCCACUGUCCACGGC